ACUUCACCAUCCAUUCCCGCUGCCCACAAGCUGUGCUCCUCGCGCCAUUCCUCCAUCAGCAGUGUAUCUUCCGCUGCCGGCUACUUCGGCUCCUCACGAUCAUCCGCCGACAUCGAGCUGAGUGACCUGCCCUCGCGUACUGUCGCACAGCAGCAGCCACCGCCAUCAUGGCAGACGAUAGCGGAGAUGCCAAACCUGAUCCCUCCGCCUCCGACAGCACACUUGCCGGCGAUAACACCGCGCUCUCCGCCGACAGCUCUAACACCCUGUCCGCUCAGUCCGGCCCCACUGCCACAUCACACACACAGUCUGCCGGAGACGAUACCGCCGCGCUUGACGCCACGCAAGAGCGCGACCUCGACGCCGAAAUCACAUCGCAAGACGCAGCCAUGAACAACACCACCGUGGAAGAUGCGGCGCCCUCACAGCCCAGCGCUCCCGAGCAAGCAAACGGUCUCAAAGCGCCUGAAGAGCCGCGCAUCCCGAUCAAGAAGGAUACCAGUUUACGGGAGUUCAUGGGCAAGAUGGACGACUAUGCUCCACUGAUUCCGGAUGCCGUCACCGACUACUACCUCACACUGGCUGGUCUCCCUCCCCCACCCGAGACCGACAGACGACUAGCUCGUCUGCUGGCCCUCGCGACCCAGAAAUUCAUCGCCGAUAUCGCAGCCGAUGCGUACCAAUAUUCACGCAUCAGGAGCACGAACACAACCUCGAAUAAUCCGCUCACGGGUCUCGGAGGUGCUGCUGGAUUUGGGUUGCCGGGUGGUGCAGGAGAUGAAGCAGCCGGCAAAGGCAAGAAAGAUGCCACCGGCAAGGCAGCGCCACUCGGUGGACCCAGGGCCGGCUAUGGAGGUGGAGGUGCCAGUGGUGGUCAGGGUCGAACUGUUCUGACCAUGGAGGACCUGGGAAUGGCAGUCGGAGAGUACGGAGUCAACGUCAAACGGGGAGAGUUUUACAGAUGAAGAGCAUUGGGAUCACAGGACGAAAGAUAUAAUGAUAAAAUUGUACAAGUACGAGCCGCAUGAAUUUGGAUGACGGGGUAAAGGGUGUUAUUGGGUCACGGCACGGCAAAGCCCUGCUUUGAGGAUGUGCAUCGAGCCCUCUGGUCAGGUGCCCAUUCUUAGUUGGACAGUCAAAGGGCGUCAGAAUGCUUGAUGCCACAACUUGGGCCAUGGCACUAAUCCACAGCGAGAGGACAUGGCGAAGCGAUUGUCCGUCAUCGUGAGGCUGCCUGGAUGGAGAUGAGGCGUGCAAGCUGUAAAACGGAGAUCCAAAAGCUGACCUCCGCAGCGUGAGUGUCGGCUCUCUCCGAAACCUUUAUGGUCAUCUUGGCCAUCAUAUACUUCUCCAUAGCGAGCAGUAUGCAGAAGCCUUCACAGGCCAAUGAGCAUCACCACGUGCAGGAACCACCUUUCGCAACCUUCCUCAUUCGGACUCCAUCCCGUCCCUGCCAAGC